GACAGCCACUCAAAACUUUUUUGAAGUUCGAUACUCUGAUGAGGUGGCGAGCAGGGAACCAGAGAAGCAAGGCAGAGAGAGACAUGGCGAGGGGAAGCCAUAGAAACGACACCGGAGCUUUCUUUGUGGCGACUCUGGUUCUCUGGUUCGUGUCUGUUGUCUUUGAGAUAGUCUUUAACAAGAGGUCAGAGCUCAUAUCCAUCGUUGCUGGUUGUUGCUUCUAUCAAGCGGCCAACUGGGUCAUCCGUCUCUCUGUCUCUCGUGACCCUCUCUCCGUCAACACCAGCGUUUCUUUGCUUCAUUCAACUAUUGCUUCUAUUUCAGUGGUUCUCAUUCUGGUUAACCAGUGGAUAGUAAAGGGUCCAGAUGAGAUGUUUGAGCAUUCACAGCUGUUUGGAAGCACUUGGCCUAUGGCAUACCCAGCUUUGUGCUUCUCAUGUGGCUACUUUGCAUAUGACCAGUGGGAUAUGCUCCACUACUGCCUGUACAGUGGCUGGAUCCCUUCGAUCCUUGUACAUCAUCUGAUACUCCUGAUUUGUUUUACGCUUGCAUUGUAUCGUAAGGUCACAGUAAACUACCUCAUUCUCACCCUUAUUUGUGAGCUUCAUUCUAUUUUACUGCAUAUGAGGAAAGUGAGACGGAUGGCUGGAAUGCGUGAUGCAAAGAGCAAAUAUGUGAGAGUAGAGUGGGUGCUGAAUUGGAUCACCUUCUUUCUAGCAAGGCUUGGCUCCCACAUUAUGAUCACAAUCAAGCUCAUCAAGGAUGCAUCCAAAUUUGGCAAUGGCGUGGAGCUCCCACUAGCCCUCUUUGGGAUGGCAGGAAUGAAUUUACUGAAUGUCUUUCUCGGCCUUGAUCUCUUUAAAGCUUACAAAAGAGAGAUGACCCAUCAACAUAACCGUCAGGAGUGAUGGGAGAACGGUCAAGAACAGAACAAAGAGGAAGGAAAGAAAGGAAAGAAAAACUCAAAAGGCAAGAGAUGAGAGCUCUGAAUGUAAAUUUCAGUUCUGAACCAAAGAAAGAGAAAAAAGAGAAAUGCAAUUUUACAGAAAGUUGUGUAAAAUUGUAGACCACAAUUUCUAAAUUUGACGCCAUUUUUUGCUGGCUAAAGGAGUUAUUUCCAGAAUGCAAUUUCAUUUGUACUAGUACGAAUGGAUAGGAGUGUAAACGAGAAGUUUGCGAAUUUGCUUUGUUUUUAGCCUCGGCUUUUAAAUUA